AUGCACCACAACUACGUGCACCUCAACGUGAGCAGCCCGAAGCACCACGCCGCCACGCUGGACUGGCGAGUGCAUCACACCCCAACGUCGGGCCUGAAGUACAAUUCGCUCACCUGCUCCCGCUCCUUCCACAACCUCUCGCACCUGCCCCCGUCCUACGAGUCGGCCGUCAAGUCGGAGCUGAGCCGCUACUCCUCGCUCAAGAGGCUGGCGGAGAAGGACAUGGACGAGCUGUACCUGAAGCGGCGGCACCUGGCCGAGCUGACCCGGGGCACGCUGCCCCUGCACGCCAUGAAGAUGAACUACGAGCGCUAUGGGGAGGCGGCCCAGCACCCGCGACGGGUGAUGUCCCAGGAGCACAUCCUUUCGGACGGCUACCGCCCCUCCCCCUACGACUGCGCCGGCCCCCGGGAGCGGGUCGUCUCCCACGAGCGGCUGCUCUCUCGCGAGGCCCUGCACUCCCAGGAGCCUCUGCUCUCGCCCGAGCGCCUGCACCAGGGCACGGGGCCUUUCCAGGAGCUGCGGCUGGGCCACCAGAAGGCCCUGUCCCAGACCAACAUCUGCGCCGCCGGCACCCCGCUGCUCGAACGCCACCAGGGGCACAAGAUGAACUCCCACCCCUCCUCCGCCAACUCCGCCCAGGCCGCCUGGGAGGUGGGCAGCAACCACACGGCCAGCCGGCGCCAGGGCUUCGGCGCCCGCCGCCAGAGCACCAUCGAGCAGCUGCAGUUCAUCCCAGGGCAUCACCCCAGCCAGCACCUCCGCACCGGGAGCAAGAACGAGGUCACCGUGUGA